CAAUGUCGAUGGGCGGUAGUCUAAUGGGAUAUGAGAAUAAUAAUGACGUGAACCAUGCCAAGUGCCGGAAGUCGCUGAAGGCACUACCAGUGGUAUCGAGUAUAAACACGGCUGGUGUAACAUCAACGGGGUUCGAAAAUGGUGGUAUCCACGCUGCAGGGAGAUCUCGUAAGUCAGGAUUGAGGACUUCUGUAGUGACAUCUCGAAAGAGCGAAUCUUGCAGCCGCGGCCAUGUAAAUAACCUGUGGUCAGUCUGGUAUGGAAUUAUUGCCGUUGUUUUUCAAGCUUACAUUGCUAUCAGGUGCACCAGAAGAUUUAUUGCUUAUCUAUCGUUGCCCUGGCCUGCGGAUGCUCCACCACCAAAAAUCGAGUUACAUGUGUGUUUAGCUUUAGCAGGUGCAGGAGUGCUCCUGCUACCAAUUUUUCUUGCAGCAGCCUUUCUUAAGCUUGGUAAUCUUGCCAAUGACGGCAUCAAGUUGGGGCGACACUUGAGCACAUGCAGUCGCGAUCCUUCCUCAUCGCUUCUUGGCAGUAACACUGAGUCUGGAGUGGCAAAUAAUUUAUGGAGACAUGGAGGCCCAACUGCAGCCUUCGUCCAUCUAUGCACAGCCAUGUGCUUUCUCUUACCAUCACUUCUUAUGGAAGCUCGUUUGAUACAUGCUGGAUUCCUACCAAAAGAUGCAAUAUGGCGUACAGACCUUGAUUGGGUAGUAGUUCAUCGCGAUCGUCUUGUAGUGCUCAGUUUUAUGAACAUUCCGGAGAAUCUGAGCCUAAACCUUGGACAUUACGGAAUCUCGCAAUCGGCUCUAGACGAUGAUAUUGAUGUUUUGAUCAAUGGCACUAAUAACAGUAGUACUUUGAUACCGACAAAACUUUCAUCAGUUCUGUUGUCGGUGCAGACGAGCAACGGUCCAACAUCGGCAGUCCGCUCGACAACGAAUAGCGCAGCCAAAGCUGAAGUUGAAGCGCCUUCUGACUUCUUUAUUGGAAGUUUACCAGGGUCAUCAUUAGUAAGCAGCGCACCGAUUUCACCAACUACAUCUGCACAAUUAACAUCUAAAAGACCAAUUUCAAAGAUGAAUGUCCGGAACAUACAACGCAACCGUCUAAAAGCAAAAAAGAAUUUGGCAGCAUCAAAAUCUAAACCAACGAGCAAUGGUGGUGGAGGUGGGGAUCGCACCUGGGCUGGAAAUAUGAGCGCUCAGAGCCUGCCUUUAACAUUUAAUAGCCUCGCUGACCUUGAUCAUCCAGAAAAUUUCAAUUUGGAUUCCGAUGAGGCUGGUGAAGAUUAUGGACCGAUCACUCUGGAAUAUCUUAAUUAUGUGGUCGCUCUGGGUGUUUACUCAGUCAGAUAUCCUGCAGUGUUUUGGUCCAGCAACAAGGUUCUUGGUACGAUCUUCAGUAUUCAACUGGUUGCAAAUGCCGCACAAAGCCUCUUAGCUUAUGCUGGCAUGUCAGUUCUUUAUAAGGUGCAAGUAGUUGGACCAUUAAAGGUGCUACCACUGCUGCGACAUCGUACAGUCACUGCCGCUUCUAGUGCGAUAUCGAGUUUCUUUGGUGACCGUUUCUUUUUGCUCAAUCCACACGUGACUCUGGGUAUUUUCGUCCUUUCAUCACUUCUUGUGCUAUGCUCGAGUAUGGUCAUGUACCUGUACGCUUACGGUAGGUUUGUAGCAUUCUUGAACCAAGAACGUGAGCGCCGUGUAAUUAUGUCCAAAGAUGAACGAUCGGAGGAUGCUGGUUGGAUAUAUAUAACUCAUCCCACAGCCCUCUGUCUUUUUCUUGCAAUUGCCAUAUGUAGUGCACCAUUGCUCUAUGAUUAUACAGUCGUAUACCGCGGAAGCCUCGACGGAGCUAUUCUUGCGUGCAUUGUUAGUACGGUACUUCACCUCAUACUUUGGCUCAUGCUCUGGGUUUUCCUUACGAUAAAGCAUCGCUGGACCUUCAAAUUGCGUGUGACCAUAGGUAGAGCAACUGUAAAAUCCACUCGUUCGGUUAAGCUUCUGACUGAUGUAGAUCUCGUCUCCGGGCGGGAUGACGAUGAUGGAAGUGGUACUCCACUGCUAGUAGUCGGUAAUGGUAGAACGUACACAGUUAGUGAUACAAGUCCCAAGAAGGCCAUUAUAAACGUUAUUCAAAAAGCAGCUAUGGAACGAAAGGCUCGAUUGCAAGGAAUCAACAACAUGGAUGUAUUGGAUGGGGAGUCGAUGGUAGAUAGUGAUGAACAAAUCUACUGGCUGAGGCCGAAGCUGAGGUCCUCGCCAAUGAAGUCGGGGGACAGUGUGACGGGCCCUGGUUCUAACCAGAUUCAUGACAAAGGUUGGCUCAACAAGAAGCUCAAACCGAAAGUCACUUUCAACGAUCUACCUAGUACGUCAGGCUCGCGUAAUAAGGGAAAAGUCAAACGAGGCAUUGCUGAUGGUGGGCCCGAGGAUGAUGGAGACUAUGCAACACUACGCGAACUUCCGCUUGUGGCCUCUCACGAUAUCGCUGAUGAUAAUAUCUCUGAAGAAAAUAAACUGUUGGAGUGUGUAAACGACGAUCGAGUAACAUAUUAUGCAAGUGGUAACCACGAUCUGCAGCCGUCGGAAAAUGAGUCCGUGAUUCUGUCGAGUUCUGAGGGUCUUCCUAAAGUAUCGAUUGUUCGCAGCCUAGUGGAAAACAGACUCCCAUUACCGAUACCACCCCCGACGCCUAUUGUUGGAUCUGAGAAUAAUGUCUUCGUGCACUCUGUUAGUUGUUAACAUGGUCAGAUUCCCCGUUGUCUGCGUCGUGCAGACUUAGGAAUGCCUCACGAGGAACUAACGCCCAGAUCGGACUCGUCAAAUUCACCGCCUUUAGAUGUGAUUGGGCCGAGCAAUAAUAGCACUAGUAGUAACAGUGAAACCUCUUCAAGUGGUGUUCAUAGCAACGGUAGCAACGCGAGUUCUCAGCGGCGCGCAAACAGUGUCGAAGACUUGGGAAGUGGUGAACCAAAAGAGGAGGCACAGUGGCGCAGUUGUUCCCUGCAGCGAGGAAUCCAGCCACCGGGGCCGAGUGUAGGUACGAUGGCCUCGAAAAAUUCACGACUCGUGAUGAAUGCAACUCCCAGCUAUGCGGCAGUCUACGGAAAUGGUGAGCUAUUAUCCGGUGGAUGCCCCGCGAUUAUUAUGGAGAAUCCAAAUGAGGCAACAGUAGUCAUCAGACGCAAGGCCGCAAGGCCCAAGCUUCAAGAACCCUUAGCCUUAGGUGAAGAACCUUUCGGUAGGUCUACCAAUAUGCGCAUGACUUCGUUCACAGAGACCAAUGAUCUCAGGACGAACCAAGCCUCCUCAGCGACACUUCCACAUUACCCCACCCAGCCAGUCGUUACGUACCCACAUUGUUCUACGAUGCCGCUGCCCCAUGUCACCAGUCACAGCAAUAGCGUUCUCGGAAAUACCAAUAUGAGUGGUUCCAGUGGAAGUUGCGGCUCUGUAUUACGAUAUCCAGGUCAUCUCGAAACAUCUCAGCAGCAGCAUCUUCAGCCACCGCCACCGGUGCAUGGGACGGUGCCAAGUCACACGACCCUUCCUUCCCACCAUAAUGGGGUGCGGCUGAUGCCCCAAAGCAGUACGAACCCCUUCCUCAAGCGUUUCCCAUCAGUGCAACCUAUCGGGGGUCAUAUUUCCAAACAACAGCAACAGCAUCAGCAACAACAGCAUCAGCAAGAGCAAUCAUGGACUGCAGUUCUUCCAAGUACUGCAAACCUGCAGCAUCCUCACCACCACCAUCACCAUCAUCACACAUUUCCACAAGCGCCGAUUAUCAAUGGGAAACUCACCCCAGCUACUCAACCAAUUGGGAGACAGUCUGACCGGGAUUCUGCAAAUUUUUCCAUGGCCAGUAGCGGUGACUCCGAUACAUGCCUACCACAUUAAAAGGUGACGAUAUUUUUGAUCACCAGAUAAUUAUGAGUUUUAUAAUUAAAUAUAAUAUUCAGCAUAAAUUUAACAGUUGAUUUUAUUCAAG